AUGGACUCGGCGGUGCUGACGGUGGCCGACCUCGGCGACGACGUCGGCGACAUCUACGCCUGGAUCGACGCGCAAGUGAGCGCCGCGCCGGGCGAACCCAAGGCGCACCUUGAGAGCCUCCUCCCGCAGUUCCAUGUGCUUUCGCAGGAGCUCA